GUGAUGUAACGCUGGUGAUGGGCAGCAAACCAUGAGAUAUCACCGGCGGCAACACGAGCCACGACUUCACUUCACCCGUGGCACUCACAGACCAGUGAACCAAAAGGAGCAGGCGGCACCGAUCACUCCACGGCGCGUCCAUGCCAUGGCCUCCGCCCAGCCCCUGCGCGCCCUCAAUCUCAAGGCGUUCGACGAGACGAGGGCCGGCGUCAAAGGCCUGGUCGACGCGGGCGUCACCGCCGUCCCGUCCAUCUUCCACCACCCGCCGGAGUCCCUCACCCACGGCGCGCCUCGACCUCAGCGCUUCACCGUGCCGGUCAUCAACCUGUCAUGUGCCGUGGGCACCACGCGGGCCGCGGUGGUCGCGCAGGUGAGGGCGGCCGCGGAGACGGCGGGCUUCUUCCAGGUGGUGGGCCACGGCGUGCCGGAGGCGGCCACGUCGGCGAUGCUGGCGGCGGUGCGGGGCUUCAUCGAGGAGCCCGUGGAGGCCAAGGCGCCGUACUACACGCGGGACACCGGCCGGCGCGUGAGAUACCAGAGCAACCUCGACCUGUUCCAGUCGACGGCGGCCAACUGGCGCGACACGCUCUUCGUGGAGAUGCUGCCGGAGCCGCCGGCGCCCGAGGAGCUCCCGGCGGCGUGCAGGCGCGUCGCGCCGGAGUACGCGCGGCUGGUGCAGCGGCGGCUGGGCCGCACGCUGCUGGGGCUGCUGUCAGAGGCGCUGGGCCUCCGCCCCGGCCACCUGGAGGAGGAGCACGGGUGCCUGGAGGGGCUCAGCCUCGCCUGCCACUACUACCCGGCCUGCCCGGAGCCGCACCUCACCCUCGGCACCCCGCGGCACACCGACGCCAGCUUCCUCACCGUGCUCCUCCAGGACGCCGUCGGCGGCCUCCAGGUGCUCGUCGACCUCGAGGGCGCCCCGGCGUGGGUGGACGUGCCGCCGGUGGCGGGGGCGCUGGUGGUGAACGUCGGCGACUUCCUGCAGCUCAUGUCCAACGACAGGUUCAAGAGCGUGGAGCACCGCGUGGUGUCCAACGCCGUGGGGCCACGGGUCUCGGUGGCGUGCUUCCUCCGGACGGACCGCGCCGCCGCGCCGACGAGGGUGCUGGCGCCGAUCGUCGCCGACGGCGACGAGCCGCGGUACAGGAGCACCACGGUGGAGGAGGUGGUCCGGCAGUACUACAAGGUCAAGGGCCUCGCCGGCACCUCUGCACUCCAGCACUUCAGGCUCUGAAUCCCCCAAAAAUGUAUAUUCACUCUGCUAUGUCUGCUCUGCACCGUCCUCCAGCCAUGCCUUCUAAAUUUUGAUUGAUGCACAAAGCCAAAUAGUAACAAGUUGAGUGCUUCAUUCAAAAGCAAAACAAAACAAAACAAAACAUUGGGGUCGGUAUGCUUAACUGAGCCUCGUUUCCAAGCGAUCGGCCAGAAAGAGCAGAGCAAAAGUAACAAGCAUGAAUUCUGAGUUUUAAAAUUCCAAACGCUUUGUGCCCAUCAUCACUUCCUCUAUGGGCACUCACACAGCCACACUGCCUUUCUAUUCUCUAGACUAGAGGAGCCUUUCGGCGAAAGUUGAGCAGUCUGCAGACUAGUUUACCCUGUCUGAUGAGCAACUGGCAGUUGAUUACAUACUGAGAGAGAUUCUUAAGUUCAUCAAUUCGGGGGACCGUAUGUCGAAUAGCAUCGCAAAAGUGCAGCAUUUGAUCAAAGUGUACCUUUCUCUAGGGUUAUCGGAGUGUGCUUUCGAAAGCCGAUGUUGAUCCAUGAUGAAUAUUCUUGAAGAGAUCGAUGGCAUGUCCUUGACGAGGCAUCAUCAUCUUCAUGCAUGUGCUCUGUUUGGGCUGUCCAGUCUCCACCAGGGUUCACCUUUUCGGUCAAAUUUUGGCUGAAAUUCAACCACAUUUUGAGUUACUGCUGAGCCUGGCUCGAAUCCAGGGUUUGCCAAUGUCGGCGGUGGCACUGAUACCUCAGUAAAAUUUAAAUUUCAGCGAGCAAUUUGCUCCGCUUGAUGAACAGUCCACCGGUAUAGCAUAUGUUCCAUGUGUCCAUUGCUGCUGCCUUUCUUUCACCUUUCGGAGACCAAGGAAACACCGCCGGAACCAACAAAACGGCGGCAAGUAACAGCUGGUAAAUAACUGCCAUUCAAAUUCUUGAAUCCUCAGAAAAGCCCGGGAAACCAGCCAAAGCAUGUCCUAAUUAUGGUCUUCUCCUUAUCCUCUUGUUACUGUCCAACAAAUUUCCUUGCUCCUCUACUACAAAUAGCCCUUCCUCCUCGGCCGUCGGUACCCCUCCGCCAUUCUUCCCCGCGUUCGCUGCCAAGGCACCAACGCGCCGGUCGGUGGUCGGUGCCGGCAGCGAUCGACGGCCGGAGCAAUCCAUAACGGGCUAUGGGUUCCUGUGCUAGCCGUCCAAGGGGUUUCCCUGAGUGGGAGAAGCCCAUGGUGGAUGACAUGCCGGUCACCCCUAAGGCUGUCGCUGCACCCGUAGAACCAGAUGCUCCGGUUGUCGAGGACAAGUAUGAGGUCCUUGUCGUUGAAGCGCCAUUGGUCGACCCCUCGACACCAAAAGCCGAGGACGCCUGCAAGGUGAAUGAAGAGCUUAUCCCCGAGGUCAGCGAGCUGCCGGUGCCAAUGACUGAGGAGGCUGAAGAGGCUACCGAGGUCGUUGUCGUCGUCGAGGAGGUCACAGUGGCUGCAGAGAAGCAAAACUGACUGUCAGUUAGCUGAGUGUUUUGUCGGACAAACUAACUUAUAUUGUUUACGUUUGAUGUAAAAGACCUUGCUGCGUUAACAUAUGGGAAAUCUGGGGAUGGCCAAAAUGCAA